AUGUCCGCGGACGAAAAUUCACCGAGGCGGAGCAUCCCCAGGCAAAUAUGGACAGACGAUGGACGAAUGCUGCUUGACCCAGAGGCCAUGCAAGGCGAUCCUUUUUUCCACGACUUCGUUGUCGGCUUCGCCCGACUGGUCCUCAAAACGUACCGCGAACUGAGCGGGAUAGGCUCCAGGCCAAUCAAGGAGACCGGCAUGUAUUACAUCUCUGCGCAGCCGAAACACACGAGACGCUGCUGGUGCCCACAGCUCCACGACGAAUCUCAAAAGGCACGCUGCCCAUUCCUCACGCAACAACCAGGCGCCAAGGCGCACCUAUUUAACCCCAUAGGGGUAGGAUUUAAUCGCUCCAUACGUGUUUGCCCCGACCCAGAGAGUUGCCAUAGCGAGACCCAGGAGAGCCGCCAUCAGUGCUUCAACGUGGUAUACAUGGCGUACAAGUACAUGUACUGGUUUAUCACGCAUCGAGUCCCCCUACACCACGAGCGUGCGAUGAAAAAGAACAUCCCAGAAGAGAUAGACCGCUAUCUAGAGGAUAGUUUCAGGAAAGGCAGCCGCGCAUCGGGUGAUGACGAUGGGCUGGAGUCCGACCCGUACUGGCUGCACAGGAAGGCUCUCGUCUGGGGGCUGUUCUGGGAACUAGAGAAUUCCGAAGGCGCGUGCCCCCAGGGUUCCACGACAUUCAGCGUGCCUUGGGAAGAGAACGAGGAAUUGAUGAGGAGGCCGUUGGGAGUUUUGAAACAUUUUGAUAUGUUGUUGAGGCGGCUCUUCAAUGAGUACGCCUCGUCCUGCCAUUACAGGGAGAAGAACGGGGUUAAUGUGGGAGAGAUCGAAUUGUGGACGGAGGUUCUGCCUCGCGAGAUGUGCUGGAUGUCAAUCGAGUGUAAUAAGAAUAUCCCAGAAACCAGUGCUCCUGGUCCAAAUGACAAUUCUGAGGCAGCACGUGCAACCGAGGAGGCACCCCGUGGUAACCUCAAGCGACCCUUUCCCUACGAUGACCCAGACAGCCUGUCCCUGGAGCCAAAUAGCAAGAAGAGGAAUUUGAGUCGUGAGAUGCCGAUCCCAGAAACCAGUGGUCCUAAUCCAAAUGACAAUUCUGAGACACCACGUGCCAACCUCAAACGAGUCUUUCCUUACAACGACUUAGACGAUUACUUCUUAGGACGAACUAGCAAAAAGAGGAAGCGGCCGGAGUAG